AUGAGGAGAAGUGAGGUGAUUGCGGAGGAUUCCAUACUGUGUCUCCAGAAAGCCCUGAGUCACCUUCGGGAGAUAUGGGAACUGAUUGGGAUUCCCGAGGACCAGCGGCUACAGAGAACUCAGGUGGUGCACAAGCAUAUCAAGGACCUCCUGGACAUGAUGAUUGCUGAAGAGGAGAGUCUGAAGGCGAGGCUCAUUAAAAGCAUCGGCAACUGUCAGAAGGAGCUGGCUGUCUUGUGCAGCGAGCUGCACGUUGAGCCGUUUCAGGAGGAAGGCGAGCCGACCAUCUUGCAGCUAGAAAAAGACCUGCGCACUCAGGUGGAGCUGAUGCGCAAACAGAAGAAGGAGAGGAAACGGGAACUGAAGCUACUUACGGAACAGGAUCAAGAGCUGUGUGAGGUGCUCUGCAUGCCGCCCUAUGACAUCGACAGCGAUGCUGUUCCCAGCCUGGAAGAGCUGAACCAGUUCAGACAGCAUCUGGCAACUCUGAGGGAAACAAAGGCGUCUCGGCGUGAGGAGUUUGUCACCAUCAAAAGACAGAUCAUCCUGUGUAUGGAAGAGUUAGAUCACACCCCAGAUACAAGCUUCGAAAGAGACGUGGUGUGCGAAGACGAAGAUGCCUUUUGUUUGUCUUUGGAAAACAUUGCAGCGCUACAGAAGUUGCUACAGCAGCUGGAAGUGCGGAAAUCGCAGAACGAAGAAGAGUGUGAGGGGCUGCGAGCUCAGAUCCGGGAGCUGUGGGACAGACUGCAGAUUCCGGAAGAAGAGAGAGAAGCUGUUGAGGCCAUGGCUAUGGAUGGGUCGAAGGCCAAAGUUAAGAAAGCGCUGCAAUUGGAAGUGGAUCGCUUGGAGGAACUGAAAAUGCAAAACAUGAAGAAAGUGAUUGAGGCGAUACGCGUGGAGCUGGCCAAGUACUGGGACCAGUGUUUCUACAGCCAGGAGCAGAGGCAGGCUUUCGCUGCGUACUAUGACGAGGACUACACAGAAAGCCUGCUCCAGGCGCACGACGCUGAGGUGGCGCGGCUGAGGAACUACUUCGAGGUCCACAGAGGGCUCUUCGAAGGCGUGCAGAAGUGGGAGGAAAGCUGGAGGCUUUUCUUGGAGUUUGAGAGAAAAGCCUCUGAUCCAAGUCGGUUUACAAAUCGCGGAGGGAAUCUUCUGAAGGAGGAAAAGCAGCGAGCCAGGCUCCAAAAAACACUCCCGAAGCUGGAAGAGGAAUUGAAGGCCCAGAUUGAAAUGUGGGAACAGAAGCACUCGUCAGCAUUUGUGGUCCGCGGGCAGAAAUUCAUGGAGUAUGUGGCUGAGCAGUGGGAGAUGCAUCAGUUAGAGAAAGAGCGAGCCAAGCAGGAACGGCAACUGAAGAACAAGAAGCAGACGGAGACAGAGAUGCUGUACGGCAGCACUCCCAACAAGCGGCGGGGAAUGACGCCCACCACCCCGGGCAAAGUGCGCAGGCUGAACACCACCACCAUGUCCAAUGCCACGGCCAACAGCAGCAUCCGGCCUGCCUUUGGGGGGACAGUCUACCGCUCCCCCGUGUCUCGACUCCCGCCUUCUGGCAGCAAGCCAGUCCUCACUGCCACCUGCUCAGGGAAGAAAAACCCCCGUGCUGGUCGUCACGGAGCCAACAAGGAGAACAUGGAGCUCAACGGCAGCCUGCUGAGCGGUGGGUACCCCGGCUCGGCCCCCCUCCAGCACAACUUCAGCAUUAGCUCUGUUGCCAGCACCUAUUCUGAGUUUGCGAAGGAUCCGUCCCUCUCUGACAGCUCCACUGGUGGGCUUCAGCGAGAACUUUCAAAGGCCUCCAAAUCUGACGCUACGUCCCGAAUCCUCAAUUCAACCAACAUCCAUCCCUAA